UCUGAAGCGGGGUCCCGCCGGCUUCCACGGGGCGUCCGUGCAAAGCCGGCCCGGCCCAGCUGGCGGCGCCGAGCGGAAGUGGCCGCGCCGCCGCCGGCCCUGGCGGGCGAGCCCCUGGCCGGGCAGAAUUUUUGGGUGCUUCUUGUUUGGAGAAUCUAGCUGCUUUGAUGAUAGCUUAAGAAGACUGCAUGCCAUGUCCUCUAAAUGCCACGCCAGGCCCACCCGGAACCUCGCAUCUCAGUCCUUCAUGGAGACCAGAUCCCAGCAGGAAUGGCAGUGCAGGAAAUUGGCACCCAGAUGGAUGCUCCACGUGAAGCUGUCUUGGGCUAUGAGCUGACGUGAGCACACCUGGUAACCAGACUAGCCCUCUGUCAGUCGCCCGGGGCAGGGCAGCAUGGUGCGGAUUCAGAGGAGGAAGCUUUUGGCAUCUUGCCUGUGCAUCACAGCUACCAUCUUUCUGCUUGUCACACUCCAGGUAGUGGUUGAGCUGGGGAAAUUUGAAAGGAAGAAGUUUAAACAUUCUAAUUUGCAUGAUGGACAUGCAGAAAUGGAGGAAGAGCCCAGAGCUCUCAACCCAUUCCUUAAGAAAGAAGCACUGACCUUGAAUAGGAGAAAACAAUUGGAAAUGGAUAGCUACCCCGUCAUGCUUUGGUGGUCCCCACUGACUGGGGAAACCGGAAGGCUAGGCCAGUGUGGAGCGGACACUUGUUUCUUCACCAUCAACCGGACCUACCUACAUCAUCACAGGACCAGAGCUUUCCUCUUCUAUGGUACUGACUUUAACAUAGAUAGCUUACCUCUGCCUCGGAAAGCCCAUCACGACUGGGCUCUUUUUCAUGAAGAGUCCCCCAAAAACAAUUACAGGCUCUUUCAUAAGCCGGUCAUCACCUUAUUCAACUAUACUGCCACAUUCAGCAGGCAUUCCCACUUGCCACUAACUACCCAGUACUUGGAGGGAAUAGAAGUCCUGAAGUCACUCCAAUACCUAGUUCCUUUACAGUCCAAAAACAACCUUAGAAAAAGACUUGCUCCACUGGUGUAUGUACAGUCAGACUGUGACCCGCCAUCAGAUAGGGACAGCUAUGUUCGUGAGCUGAUGACUCACAUCGAGGUUGAUUCCUACGGUGAGUGUUUACGAAACAAAGAUCUCCCUCAGCAGCUGAAAAAUCCAGCCUCUAUGGACGCUGAUGACUUUUACAGGAUCAUUGCACAGUACAAGUUUAUUCUUGCUUUUGAGAAUGCAGUUUGUGAUGACUACGUCACUGAGAAGCUCUGGAGACCACUGAAACUGGGGGUAGUCCCUGUGUAUUAUGGAUCCCCCAGCAUCACAGACUGGCUUCCCAGUAACAGAAGUGCUAUUCUCGUGUCAGAAUUUUCUCACCCCCGAGAACUGGCAAGUUACAUCAGACGACUGGAUUAUGAUGACAGAUUGUAUGAGGCCUACAUAGAAUGGAAGCUGAAGGGUGAGAUCUCUAACCAGCGACUUCUGAAAGCUCUCAAGGAACGGAAAUGGGGAGUGCAAGACAUCAACCAGGACAAUUACAUCGAUGCAUUUGAGUGCAUGGUGUGCAGCAAGGUGUGGGAGAACAUCAGGCUUCAGGAGAGGGGCUUACCACCCAAAGCAUGGAAGGCAGAAGACAUCCACCUGAGUUGCCCAGAGCCUACGGUGUUUGCUUUCUCAUCUUGGGCUCCGCGUCGGAGCUCUAUGCGAGAGAUGUGGAUACCAAGCUUUGAACAAUCUAAGAAAGAAGCCCAGGCCUUAAGGUGGCUGGUUGAUAGGAAUCAAAAUUUUUCAGUUCAAGAGUUUUGGUCCUUAGUAUUCAAGGACUCAUUUCAGAAAGCAUCAGAAUGACACAGACUAGAGGCUUCUUGAGGUUUAUUUUAUGGUUUGCCUUAAUAUCUGAAUGUAAUAGCUAUUCUGUUGACUAUCCUUUAGGAUAAGAAUUCAUUGCUGCAGUUCUCGUAAUGAGCCCUAUCAAAGAAUAGAUAUGAAUUACCCUUAGGGGUUGUCUCUAUAUUUUUUUAUACUAAAAAAAAAUAUUUCUUAUGGACAUUGCUCAUCUUCAGUUUACAUGUCUAGACCCAUGCACCUGCUGCCUUUUGUGGAAAUUCUCCUAGGGCAGAGUGAUGUUCUCCUCACGGAUGUCUGAUACUCACCUCACCAUCAGCAGUUUAUUGGUAUUUGGCAAGCCCAGUGUCCUAAUGCUGAGCAUGAACAUGAAAUGCAUUAGAACUUGGCAAUGACAGAUUCCAUCUGCUGGUUUCCAGGGAUGUAAGUGAUAGUAAAAGCUAUGUCAAGUUUUCCCAUGAUCUGCUCUUCAAGUCAAUAGAAUAUUCACACGUCUACUUUCUUCACCAUAUCCUCAGACACCUCUCUAACUUCUUUUAUUUACACCCUGCCCUGUGGCCUCCCCGCAUCUCCCCUCUGAAAUAGAAUGUCUUAUAAAGACAUGACGACUUCUGUGUUUUGAUCAGUAAGAUGUUACCAAUGGUCCCUUAAACUGCUGAGCAGAAUAAGAACAGGAAUUGUAAGAUGCGGGCUGGACAGGCGGUAGGGUUUGAUCGAUGGAAGAGUAGAAGUGAAAGCCCCCUGGGCACUGCAGUUGUGCUGAAACUGAUUUGUCUUUUCUUAGGGCGAGGCACAGCCAGUCGUGGUGGGCAGCCACAGCGUUUGGUGUGUAGCAUUUCCUGUUAUUUCUGAUCCUGCCAUGGGAAAGGGUCAGCGGUCUUGUCGGGAACAUCUAUUGGAGCUCCACAAAAGAUGAGGAGAAACAACACUGGCUUGCAUUUUCUUCCCAUGUGAGGGUGGGGAGACUUCUAGCUGAUGAUAAAGCCCAUUGCCACUGAUGUAUCAUGGCUUCUGUAUUCUCUAUUAUAGAAGGAAAUAAGCCUCCGAGGGCACCCAGAGCACAGGAGGAGUCUCUAAUAUUCAUGUCUAUGACAUGGCAGAAGGGGAGUCUCAGGAGAGUGCCGUGGCACCAGCCGCCCUUGUACUGCCAUCUUCCUUACGUAGCUCUCUUGCCUUGCCAGCCAGCAUGUAGGAUGUGAUGACUGGAACCAGUGCCACCUUUUAGAAGCAAGAAGGUUCACAUGGGUGGGUGGGAGAAGGUGUCCAUAGCUGGGUUCUUUCCAAUCCCAUUUCUGUCCUUAACAAAAUAUGAGCUUGGACAGAUCUCUUAACCUCCAUGGACCUUAGUUUUUGCAUCUAAAAAGAAACGAUUGGACUGGUCUUUGAAGUUUUUCUUCUGUGUAAUAUUCUUUAACUGUUUAUCAAUAUUUAAGAAGUUUAAUUUUGUAGUUUACUAAGAAGGCAACAAACUGUUUUAGAACCACUGUGUAUUAUUCAAGGGAAACAUGCUCUUCUUUGGAGGAAGGAGCAUACUUGUUGGGUAGUAUUGGGGAGGGAGAGGAAUUUAUCUCUCUGCCAUUUUGUCUGAUAAUAUCAAAGAAGUAAGGGUUGGAAAGGGGGAUUGUUUGUUAAAGGCGAGAUU